AUGGGAAUGAAACCUGCACGAUAUAAUAACAAAAACUGGCGACCUUUUAAUAAAAGGGUAAAGAAGAAAUGUCAAGAAGACAAUAAAAGUGUGGGGAAGGGAGGGACGAUGACAAUGAAGCAAACAAGCCAACCGCGUAAUCAACAUCAAAACAGCAACAGCAGAAUCAAAAAGGAAGUGACACAAUCAACUGUAGAGAGAUUGGCUGGAUUGGGUUUGUAUCAGAAUUCAUCAGGAAGAGAGCUAAUCUUACAUGAAUUAUUCAACUGA